CGGCCACUCUACACCCCUUUCAGGAGAUCUAGCCAGCCUAGCCAGUUGGCGGAUUGUGGUCUCUUGCUGGUAUUGGCAAUCCAACUGGACCCAGAACAGUGGCUGCGAAAUUCUAGAGCCCUAGUAACGAGCACUGAUGUGGAAACAUAUACACCUCCCGAAGAAGCUAUCAGUCUAGACUACCCAGCGCCCGUCCCAGCUGAACGGAACUUUCGCCUGUUUAGGUCGCGCCUAGCUCUUUGGAGGGGACUAUUGGUUGGUAAUCUGAUCAUUCUAUCUGGAUUGAGCGUAUCACUCCUGAGCACCAUGGGCAACGCGUAUGUGUGCAAGUCCGGGGACGUUUUCAUGUCGAAAUCGCCUUAUGUAUGUUCCGUUGUGAUAUAAAAGAGCGAUGGUGCAGCCCGAUAUCAUCUCCUCUCAAGGGUUGGAGUCUACGCAUUAUUGAUUGAUUACUGAUCUCAUCCUUUCUCGCAUAUCCAUUCGCACACAAUGGAUUCCAACUGCUUAGUGUGCACUUCAAACUACCUUCGGGGUUCGAUCAGGAAGCGACUCAUCGUUUGCUGCGAUGGCACGUUCAGCGGCGUUGAUAAAGGCACCGAUCAAUACUCGAGCAACGUUGCUAGACUCAGCCGGACCAUCUCCAAGGUGGGUAUCACUACCGACGGCAACAAGAUUCCCCAGGUCGUAUAUUACCAGUCAGGUGUUGGCACUGGCGCAUUAACUGUCGUCAAUAAAGCGCGGCAAGGUGCUGUUGGUGAAAGUCUAGCAGAGAAGGUCUGCGAGGCUUACAACUACUUGGCAAACAACUGGGGUCCUGGCGAUGAAAUCUUCAUCUUCGGAUUCUCUCGUGGCGCGUAUACUGCUCGGUCUUUGGCUGGCUUCAUUUGCGAAGUUGGCCUUCUGACACCUCUUAUGCUUGAUCACUUCUAUGAGAUCUACGAGGCGUACAAGAACAGGGGAGGGAAGCCGCUGGCAGAAACUGCUUGGGCUAAGACUACCUUGACGGCGGGCGAGCUUGGAACGGUGCCCCCACGUAAGGGUGACUCUAAGCGAGAUAUGGGCACCCGCAUGGAUUUCCUGAGGAGGUCGUCUCACCAUCACGUAAAAAUCAAGGUGGUGGGAGUCUGGGAUACUGUCGGUAGCUUGGGAUACACCAAUUGGUUCGGCCAGGCAGGAGCUGACAGCUCUUUUCAUAGCACUAGGCUCAGUCCAAAAAUUGAGAAUGCCUUCCACGCUCUAGCAGUCGACGAAACACGGGGAAACUUCCCUCCCACACUUUGGUACCUUGACUCGUGCUGCAUGGGGGAGGACAAUAAGCCCAAAGUCAACCUCAAGCAGUGCUGGUUCCCAGGCUAUCACUCAGACGUAGGCGGUCAUAGUGCAAGUAAUAUUGACACUAACAGUGUCGACGAGAUUGCGUUCGCGUGGAUGUGCGAUCAGCUAUUCGGACUAUUACAGCUGAGCGGAACAGCGUUACAGAAAUACAUCCUCUUCAGGAUAGGCGAUCUCAACCUCGAUACCCAGAACAAGAACAUCCGCGAUCUCAAAGCGGCGUGGUCCACAAUCAAAUGGAGUGAUGGGACGCUGGAGGAUACGAACGGCUGGACAGACUGGUGGUGGAUUCCCUCUUUGAUUUCAACCCGAUCAGCAUCGUAUAAGCGUAUCCCAGGCGAAACUCCCGCGUCCGAAGUCGUUGACGGCAAAAAGAAGGAUAUCGACUACAUGUGGUUCAAUGAGGAGGUGCACCCCUCUGUCCGCCAUCGCAUGAACACCAAAGACCUAUCGUAUAUGCCUGAAGGGCUUAGCAAAGCAAAUGGUUGGAGAUACGUCGAGGCUUCCGGAGACAGACAAGCGCACUGGGUGAAGAACUCCAACGGCAAGGAGAUUGUUCUCAAUGAGUAUAUCAUUCCAAAGUUGAGCACGCCUUUCCAAUCCGGUUCAGGCUACGAUUUCUGGCAAGGAAGUUUAGAGCGUACCUUCGCUCCAAAGGAUGUUUUGGCUGCGCAAGAUCUAUAUGCUUAGAAAUGAGGGAUACGAAUGAAGAUUGAUGAUAGCGAGUAGUCCUUCUGAAGUUAGGCGUACGGCGCAUGUAUUGAAGUAUACCUGUGUAUCUAAUGGUGAGUUUAAUAGCGACCCGGUGACUUUUGGACUAUUAUCCUAUUUUUGGUUAGACAAUUAUAAAGCAUUACUCCUAGCAGUUAUAUAUAUAU